CUAUACGUAUGACAACAGAGACAACACAUACUGUAUAUAGACUUUGGUUGGCAUAGACUGUGCCAUACAUUACAUACUUUACCACUCAUUGCCAUACAAUGACAGGCAAUGCAUUGCCAGAGAUGUCCACUCAAGACAACACUUCUCAACUUUGCGACGAUUAUGAAAACCUUCAUCUCAUCGAAGAAAUAGGUCGCGGAAAGUAUGGCUGUGUGUGGAGGGCGUCACUCAAUGGACAGACAGUGGCCCUCAAGAAGUUCAGACAUCAAUACAGACAAUACGCCUUCAAUGAAAAAGACAUUUAUUUAUUGUCUUUCAUGGAUUUGUGUCCAUCAUUGUCGCGAUUGAUGGCCUUUCGGGAGAUGAUGCUCGUCGACGGCCGAUAUGAAUAUCAAUUGGCGAUUAGUUACGCAGCGUUAGGCAGUCUUCAAGACUGUUUGAAAAGACAAACCAUUGAUUGGACCACUUUAUGUAAGAUGUCUCAAACUAUAACACAAGGGUUAGCCUAUUUGCACACCGAAGUCACUAAAGAAGGUGACCGUAAACCGUGUGUUGCGCACCGGGACCUGACCUCCAGAAAUAUUUUAGUGAAUGAAGAUAAAUCUUGUAUGAUAAGUGACUUUCAGUUUGCGAUCCCAACAUCUGGUUCACAAUAUUGUUCAUCAAACAAGAGAUUAGAUACACAGCGGACACCACUCCACGCAGUGGGAACCUUGCGAUAUAUGGCACCCGAAAUUCUGAUCGGUGCCAUUAAUCUACGCGAAUGCGAGUCUGCUCUCAAGCAGUCCGAUGUAUACUCUCUGGGACUGGUGUUGUGGGAAGUGGCCAGUCGUUGCUCCGACUUGUAUCAGGGCAUUGAAGUGCCGCCAUAUAAACAGCCCUUCGAAAAGGAGUUAGGUUUGGACCCGACUUUUGAACAAAUGCAGGUUAUGGUGACCAGACAUAAGGCUCGACCACUGUUUCCUGACAUUUGGAAAGACAGUAACCCUGCUAUUCGGUCCCUUAAAGAGACAAUUGAAGAUUGUUGGGAUCACGACGCCGACGCCCGGCUUACAGCUCUCUGUGUUGUUGAACGACUCCAUGAGUUGCCCACACUUUGGGAACGGUAUAAAUGUGGAACAAUUGCUAACUGUAUAUAUUCGAUGCCCAAUCAAAGCGUCUCUUUAGCCAAUAAUAACAACAAUAAUAAUAAUAAUAAUCAGAAGAAUUUUUUGCGAACCACAGGCUUUCAUAACCUAACGGCUGCUACCGUUCCCUUAGAUUAUUGCGAUAAUAAGAUAAUUAGAAAUGAAUUUCAAAACAACUUUCUAACCAAUAAACUUAAUUAUCCAUAUCAUAGUAAUAAUAAUAAUAAUAAUAAUAAUUCAAAUGUUAAUAAUUAUAAUAACAUUAAUACAACUGAAGACUCAUCGACUCCUUUGAUGGAUUUCGAGAAGAAUGUAAUAUCGGCUGCAAACGCCUUCAAGAAUCAGCCAAAGCUGACGUUUCCAUUACAACCACAUCAAGGAAGGAAUCCUUGUCUUGAAAGGAACCUUAUGUUACAAUCAUCAGAUGAUAAUACAUCAGUUCUGUUGGGACAGGGAUUUAAAUUUCAAGUGAAUGCUUCAAAUACCGAUUCAGUGUUUUCGGACACAUUUAACGACAACAAUAGUAAUGUCGAAAACAAUGCUCUUUUGACAAACGAUCUCUUGAACCGAACAACAAAUGAUAACCAGAGAAAUGUCAGCCGACGAGUGGCUAAUACUGUGCCUCCCAUUCCUUACGUACAGAAUGCUGUCGGUUUUACUACAGUUCCCAAACUCUGUAAUUAUGAUUCAAAUAAUGGACAGUCAUAUCAUUUGAAGAAAACAAAUGAGACAUUGAAUGUCCACAACAGCAAUGAAUCCGGUUUUUCAAAAUUAUUUAAUUGGAGUAAUAUUAAAGCACUUAAGGUUUUCUCUAAUAUUAAAGUAUUGAAGCAAAACAAUACUAACUCUGAGAAAAUGUCUAUCGAUGGCCAAAAGGGACACACAUUUAAACGCAAUAACAGUCCGCUUCUCAUUAAAAGAGACAACUGUGAGAACCAACGGGUGAUCUCUUGUUCGCUGCAAAACUCGAUACAAUCGAUGGAUACCGGAGUCAAUGCUUCGACUGAGCCUAAAGUCACACAAACUAUAGAUUUAGCUAAUAUUAUCAGUGAUAAGUCUAACUGCAAAUUGAAUUUAUUUUUGCAAACAUCUGAAGAAAGAUCACCCGAACCAUGUGAUUGUCCAAACAAUCUACCAUUAAAUGCGAUUCUUCAUAAUUAGAUAAAUGCAACGCUAAUGACGAUUGCAUUCAAAAAUACAAUAUAUAUGAUAUGAUAUUAAGAUAUUUUCGUUAUUUUCACGUUCAGACCAUAUGUUGGUUCAUAUUUAGUUAUUUUGAUUUUUAACUCGAGUUUUAUUCAAUAGUUUUAAAAACUAACGAAUAAUUUUGUUGCGU